AAUAGUAGUAGCUGAACAACAGAAAGAAUUGAAUUGAAGAGAUGGAUUCAUCACAAAACUCGUUUUCUGCGACUGGAAAUGGCCCCAUCAAGCUAAGCAAGGAGACCGAUGAUCAGAAGCAGAAUCUCAACCAAGUCAUCAAUUCAAUACAGAAGACGCUCGGUCAUCUCCUACAGCUCCAUGUCACCGUUUCCUCUUUCAGCGUUGCUUCUCAACUCCCUCUCCUGCAACGAUUGAAUGCUCUGGUUUCGGAGCUUGAUACCAUGCAGAAAUUGGCUGAAAAUUGUAACAUUCAGGUUCCAAUGGAGGUUGUUAAUUUAAUUGAUGACGGGAAGAAUCCGGAUGAGUUAACAAGAGAUAUUUUCAAUAGCUGCAUCGCGAGAAAUCAAAUCACAAAAGGGAAAACUGAUGCGUUCAAGGGUGUGCGUAAGCAUCUCCUGGAGGAACUUGAACAAGCAUUCCCUGAUGAAGUGGAAGCUUAUAGGGAGAUACGUGCAACUUCUGCUGCUGAUUCAAAACGGCUUGCACAAUCACAGAGUAUUUUGGCAAAUGGAGAUGUGAAGGUUAAGACCGAGCAUAAGUGAUGAAGUUAGUGAGGGAAUCAGGUUCCAAUAGUUUUGUGUGUUUCACCAUGGUCGUACUCAUGCCCCAUGUCGAUGGAUCUCAGUUUUCAUUCGUGGAUAUGUUGAUCCUCUAUAGCAGGCAUUGAAAACUUAGGACUGCCUUCUCAUUGCACUGCCUCAGUAAAUUUGAGAAUAUUGCAGAUAGACUAUGGUAU